AUGGGCAGCACAGAAACUCAAAACAAUGGUGCUGGUGGUCAGCGUCAAGAGCAAGAUAGUGCUCAAAGCAAGGAUAAGAUGCCUCCUCCUCAGGGCCAACCCGUGAACCAUCCAAAUACUUUGACUUCUUUGAACCAGCCACCGGGUAGUGGUCAAAGACAGGAUUCUCUUUCAAUGUAUACGAAUUUCAAUCAGCCAAGGUUGUCUACGGAUAGUUCGAUUUCUUCGUUUUUGAACAUUGAUAAUCAGCCGGAUAACAGAGGGUCUACUUCACAGAUGGGACAAGUGCCUAGCAACACGGGGCAAGAGUUACCCUAUACUAGAGGGUUCUCCAUUGUUAAUAACCUUUGGAACGCGCCUGCCCCUCAUCCGCAGAACGAUGUCGCCUUCACUACCACAAGAAGACAAUCUGAGCAAUUGGAACCCUUCAUGCCCAAGUUUAAUACAUCAAGUUUCUCGCAACCUUCAAAGGGUUUACAGCAGCAAAGGCAGCAGUUUCAACAGCCACAGUUGCAACAGGGACAACAAUCUCAAUCAGUUCAACAGCAGCAAUCCCAACAGCAGCAACAACAGCAGUUACAGCAACAAUAUCAACAGCAGCAAGCUCAGCAACAACAUCAACAGGCCCAGCAACAGCAACAGCAAUCACAGGCUUCACAACAUGGCCAGCAAUCACAAUUCCAACAGGGAACACAGAAUUCACAAUCACAGGGCCACCUCCAAGGAUCUAUCAAUAACGCUCUUGGACGUCCAGAAUCAGUAUCCUCUUCGAAAAGAAACUCGUUGUAUUUCCCUACUUCUGAUGCAGAUUUAGAUUUCUUCAACACGGGGAAACGUAACUCUAUCGCAAUGAAACCACCAUUGAUCAAACCAAACGGUAGCGGACAAAAUCAACAAGUUAAUGGUGCAGACGAUAUGGAAGUUCCAUUUUUCCAGGGCCCUCUAUCGAGGAAGAAUUCGAUCAAAUUCAACCCGGAGGAUUUUGCUGAUUUCCAAUUCAAAAGAAGGGAUUCUUCUGUCAGAGCUACCCUGGACAACUCAAAUUACAUGCCUGCUCCUCCAAAGAGAAUAAAUGAUGGUUCUUUGAGCCCUAUCGAACAUCAAAUGGUAGAUAAUGAGGACGUUGAAGAUGUGGAAACAAGGUUACAUAAACACUUAUAUUCAUUGGUGGAUAACGUGAAACUGGAUAAAUCACCUCCAAAGAAGAAACAAAAAGCUACUAAGAAACAGAAAAAGGCUACUCAGACUGGUAAAAAGGUCAAUGAUGACGAACAUCAACAUCAUCUUGACAAUGGGCAAAUGCAAUCAGACAACGGAGCUCACAUGCAGUCGUUGACACCUCUGAACAAUUCCAUAUCAUCGAUGGAUGACUCUAAGCCUCUAUUGGGUGCUACUAAAGUUGAUCAAUUAAUGUUAGUGAUUCAAGCGCGUAAGAAUGGUGUCACGGACAAAGUUCCACGUUCUGCUGAUGGUUCUCUCUUAUUGGAAUCAGCACCUUCCAUCAUACCACCUCUAUCACAACUAGUAGGUGGUGUUGAAAAGCCGAAAUCUAAAGGCGUUAAACAAUUCCAAUGUCCAUACUGUCACAAAUACUUCACUCAAUCCACUCAUCUUGAGGUCCAUGUAAGAUCGCACAUUGGCUAUAAGCCAUUCUCAUGUGAAUUUUGCGGUAAAAGAUUUACUCAAGGUGGUAACUUGAGAACGCACAUUCGUUUACAUACAGGUGAAAAACCUUAUGAGUGUGAAAGAUGUGGUAGAAAGUUUUCACGUAAGGGCAACUUGGCAGCGCAUAAGUUGACCCAUGACAAUCUGAAACCGUUCGAGUGUAAGUUGGAUGACUGUAACAAGAAUUUCACACAAUUAGGUAAUAUGAAGGCACAUCAAAAUAGGUUCCAUUUACAAACCUUAAAUAGGUUGACACAAAGAUUGGCAGAAAUGGAUCCAAACGAGAACAUUUCUCAGAAGGAACGUGAAUUGCUAGAUUACUUUGCUUCUAUCUACAGAAACAGUAAUCGUGGUAUUAAGGGAAGAGGUAAGGGUAAUCAAAACAUUGUUCCGCUGAACUCGUUCGACAAGCACCAACAGAUGGAUGAUCCCAGUGUCAGAGUAGCCGCUAAGGCCUUAGGCUCCCUGACUCAAUCAAAGCAACCUUCGCCAAUGACAUACGAAACAACUUCAAACUCCUCUAUACCUGACAAGAACAACCAAUUUUCUUUUCAAGACAAUGAAACUCAAUUGGAUGAUGCUGCAUACGCUGCUACAGGUGCUCUUGGCUUAGGAAGCAGGAACACCAAAACCCCUUCACAAAAGGAGAAGGUUCACUUCAAGGACGUCAAUUUCAUCAGAUAG